AUGCCAACCCUAUCCGUGAACCAUUACCGAGACUAUUCUCUUCCUGCAGUUCGUGAUUCUGUCAUAACUACAACUCCCUCACGCGCUAUUUCCCCUGUGCCUCCCCCAACGACUGAUCCGCCUACCCUGCAUACUACCUUUACGGGGUCAGUCGUCGGUUCUAUUUCUCGCCGCAAUCGUCGCUCCUUUGCGGCCUUAGCCUCCAAGACUUCCAGCGCCUUUGCCAGUCUGUCAACCAUCAAUCAAGCUACCCCAUUGCGAUCUUCACCCUCCGCCACCAGUCUUUCAAGAUUAUCCAAAUUCCCGAGCGCGACCGCCAACCCCUUGACCCCGCCAUUGUUAGCAGGAGAAUCCAACCCACUGGAAUUUGCGCGCUCAGAAUCUCCGGCAUUGGCCGACUUGAACCACUCUCAUAGACGCCGCUUAACCUUGCAGCGCAUUCCGACUCCCCCAGAGAUCCGCCCUGCUCUCUCGGCCACCGUGCCUUUUGCACCAUCCAAGAUGCACCAAACUUCAUCCCGGUUGUUGCGCAUGACCGAAGAUGAGCGCCCUUUCACCAAGGAUUUCAUGGACUUGUUCUCCACCUUGAUGGUCAGUCUGAAGCUGGACUCCCACCGAGUUCGUUUCACCCGAUAUGAUCACACCUUCACCUCAGAAGAGGCCAUCAACAAUUUGGGUUCGCUCAAGUUCUCCCAAUCGAACCGCAUGCCCGACCCCAAGGACCCCUCCCGUAUCGUCACCACCACAACUACCACCACUUUCUCCAUGGCCAAGGAAAUGGCCCGUUCCGUUUGCCAGCGAUUCGUCGACGCCCGCUUUAUUGAGCCCGUAGACGGCAAGGCUUUGCCAAUCUUCCCUCUCAAGGGAGCGUUGUUCCAGCUUACACCCAAGGGUAUUAACAUCCUGCAGCGCUUCUGCCAGCGGAACGGAAUCACCGCCCGUCACGUGAUGGAUGUGUUGGAGUCGCCGCGCAACACCAUGCAAUUGGUGAACCUGGAGCGAGACACCGAAUCGGAUAAAUUAUCGCAUGACCGCGCCACCAUCGAAGUCAUCUUUCGCCGAUUCGCCGGUCAGGAUGGCCCCAACAUCAAGAGCAGCAUUUCCACCUCCGAUUCUGAUUCAUUAAGCGACUACACCAAUGGCUUGGUCGGAGUGAAGAUGGCCCGGGAGCGGAAACUGCAGGACAACAAGAUUUACAACAACACAUUUACUGGCAAGGGAGCUGUCGAUUGGUUGAUGGAUUGCUCUACCACCAUUGAGCGUCGGGAGACCUGCUUGAUUGCCGAAUUGUUCCUCAAGUACGGUUUGAUCACCAUGAUUCAGGACGACAAGGCUUUCCCCGACUCCAACGCCGUAUUCCAACCGUCCAAGUACUCAAUUUACUGCAUUACCGAGCGGGGCCAGCGUGUAUGUGGAUGGAUUGCUCGCGACAAGAACCGCGAUAACAACGCCAACACUACCUACGAUAACCGUGGAAUGCCCCGCGACUCUAACAACGCCCGCCUUACUCACAUCCUAGGGGACCCUGCCCUUCGUCUUUUGUUCCGCGAGUUCUUGCGCUACUCCUUGUGUGAAGAGAACCUUUCAUUCUACCUCGAUGUGUCCGAAUUCACUGCCAACUAUCACAAGGCCGAAAAAGCCGGUGUAUUCAACAAGGUGGACUCGGUCCGGGAAACUUUGGCUGCUGCCUAUGGCUUGUACAACGCGUUCCUGGCUCCUGGAUCCCCUUGCGAGUUGAACAUUGACCACGCCCUUCGCAACAGCUUGGCCAGUCGUAUGACCAAGGCUGUGGGUGACGAUGAAUCCAUGUUCAAGAGUCUCCAAGAGGUGGUUCACCUGUUUGAGCUUGCACAGACCUCUGUGUUCAAGUUGAUGUCAAGUGACUCGGUUCCCAAAUUCCUCCGUGACCCCAAGUACUCCGUUGUUCUGCAGGAGCACGAUGUUGACAUCUUCGGUGGAUCUCGUUCGUACUCACCGACCCCUGGUGGCCCCGAACGCACAAUGAGCCGUUCUGCGCGGACAUGA